UUGGCCACUGAAGUCACUGGACACCAUGAGACUGCUUGUUUUGCUAGCACUCGUCGGAGCCUCUGUGGCAGCAGUGCCCCGGGAGGAUGGCAGGAUCAUCGGGGGCUACGAGUGUAGCCCUAACUCCAAGCCAUACAUGGCAUCCCUGAACUACGGCUACCACUUCUGCGGAGGCGUGCUGAUCAAUGAGCAGUGGGUGAUGUCUGUGGCCCACUGCUGGCACAAUCCCUACGCCAUGCAGGUCAUUCUGGGAGAGCACGACCAGCGUAAGUUUGAGGGCACGGAGCAGUUGAUGAAGACAGAGCACAUCAGCUGGCAUCCCAGCUACGACUACCAGACAUUGGACUAUGACAUCAUGCUGAUCAAGCUGUUCCACCCCGUGAAGCUGACUGACGCCGUGAAGCCCAUCCCCCUGCCCACCGGCUGCCCCUACGGAGGGGUGCAGUGUAGCGUGGCCGGCUGGGGCAAGAUGGAGCCCGAUGGUGAUUACUAUCCCGCUGAGAGGCUCCAGUGUCUGGAUGUGCCUGUCCUGGAUGACGAGCAGUGUGAGAAUGCCUACCCUGGCAUGAUCAGCCGCAGAAUGAUGUGCGCUGGCUUCCUGGACGGAGGCAAAGAUGCAUGCAAUGGCGACUCUGGCAGCCCCCUGGAGUGCUUCGGAGAGGUGCACGGCCUGGUGUCGUGGGGUCAGGGCUGUGCUCAGCCUGGCUACCCUGGCGUCUACGUCAAGGUCUGCGAGCUUCUCCCCUGGAUCACAGAGACCCUGGCGGCCAACUCCUAACAAGUCGGAUUGCUGUAACCUCUCUCUUCACACCCAUCCAACUCCCAUCCCUCUACUACCCCUCUGGACCUCUCCGUACUACUGUCCAUUCUGCCACAUCACUCUGCUCCUGCAUGCCUGUAUAUGUCUUGCACUUACUUGGCUUGAGUGUAAUUUCAACCUCUUGGGUGCGAGGCAAAGCUGAAAUGCAUGACUGUGGACAAAUAAAUCCAUACCAAUA